GUUUGAUAGGAGUAUGAUUUUAUUACGGCAUUACCAAGCCAGCCAAACCCCGAAUUGCUCGACUUAUAGUCCGCAUUAUCUCACCUAUGAAGGUAGAGAAAGGGAAAGCGAACUACAGUUAAAGAGAGGGGGAAUAGACUGCACGUUAAGCACACUUCACGGAUGCUGAGGAGGGAGGGGGUUUGAACCCACCUACGUCUUUGCAGGCUUUCAUUCGAGGGUUGCACAUUCACAUUGUGGUGUCCAAUUGCCAUACAUUAGUUGAAUUGUUGCUCGUGCCGAAACUAACUCGCAAAUCUAUUUCCUCGCUAAUAUGCAGAGGUAUAUUAUCGCUGUGCAUGCCGUGUGAUAAGUGCAAAACGUGUCUUGAUAAUUUAGUGAAACAAGUGACGAAUUAUUUUAGUAGUGCUUGUUGGUUGCAUUUUUCCACGUUUUUCAAAUUCAUACAAUCCAUACAUCCUUUUAGACUAUUAGUACUAAUUUACUAAUUUACAAUUGCCUACGCGAAUAGGCAACUUGUAGACAAUGAAUUAAGUGAUGUUUCCUCCAGCUUCAGCAAUGCUGAAGAAUCUCACCCAAAACGAUAUGACUUCGCCAUCUUUCACGGUGGACAAUCUUCUCAGGUCAAGGGGUUCGAGCGCAGACUUGACUCGAAUAACUCUCGGUUGGGCUCUAAUGUCCAGACGGGAGAAAGAAUCGGGAGUGAUUAUUCGAACCGUGGACUCUUCGAUGGACAUUGAAAGGAACCGAAUCGAGAAACACUACCGAGGAUCGAGAAUAAACGAAUAUGAGCAAAUAAUCGCUUUUCAAGACAAGGAUAAGCAGAGUGUCAUUAUGGAUUUGGAGAAUGAUCAAGCGGAAAGUCAAAGUGCUGUCGAUCGUUUGAGUGCGAUAGAGAAAUUAUCUGAGAGAGUUUCAAAUGAUUCGAUUGAUGAGGAUCAAAUACCAAUGGACUUAAUUAGUAGUAUGCAGAAUGAUGUGUUGCGGAAUAAUCGAGAAAGACUGACAAUGCCCGGGCACGGACAGUUUGAACGAAGGUCGGAUGAAUUAGGGUUGCACAUGGAUCAAGAGACUGACACAUUUAGUAGGAUAGAAAAGGAGACUUGCACUUGUGGGGAUGAACAAUGUACAAAUUCGAGGUGCCGAAGGGUGCAGGACAAGGAGAAACCUCACCUCAAGUUCAGCGUUAAUGCGAUACUUGGGACCAGUCACGAGAAGCGACAAAAUCCAGAAAAUUUUCCUGUUAUUCCGGCUGUGGCGAUACCUAUGAUUUUUCAAAAUUAUCAAAAUUCGACAGCAUGCAGUAUUGCAAAACCAAUAGCGAGGCAUGUAGCAACCUAUCAUCCCUAUCAUCCAUCGCAUUCGGGACAAGCACCACCUCAACAUCAUCCGAUUCAACAUUUUUUGUGUCGAAGUUCUUUUAUUUCUGGUUCAAACUCGGGUCCUGGAAACCAAAUGGGAAAUCCCGGUGGAGGAACAGUCUUUCCAGGAGGGAUGCAAGGCACAUUGAACGAUGUAGCUAGUAUGGCAAUAGGUUUUCCAUGGUCUGGUUGUCCUCGAGGUAAGCCACGAAGAGGUAUGAUGAGAAGGGCAGUUUUUUCGGAUUUACAAAGACGGGGACUUGAGAAGAAAUUCCAGCAACAGAAGUACAUAAGUAAACCCGAUCGCAAAAGACUAGCUGAGAAACUUGGACUUAAAGAUUCGCAGGUAAAAAUAUGGUUUCAAAAUCGUCGCAUGAAAUGGAGGAACAGUAAAGAGAGGGAAUUAUUAGCCAAUGGAGGAUCCCGAGAGCAAACACUGCCAAGCAAAAAUAAUCCCAACCCAAAUUUAAGUGAUGCGGAUGGAGACAGACAGAAAAUAGAGUAUAUUUCUCCCAGCCCAUCGCCAAGUCCACAAAUAACAGAAGAUACUGAUACUGAAGAAAAUGAAGACAUUGACGUCACCUGAUAAAAUGCUCUCUCCUUUGUGAUAAGAAUAUUUCUCAAAAGCUGCCAUUUAAAUACUUGGUUACAAUUUUUUUUUUAACUUAAAGGCCACAUUAUUCUUUAAUGUUUUAAAUAUAUUUAUUUGUUUUUCAAUUUAUUAAAUAUUGUUUUUCUUUUGAAAUUAUUAAA